AUGAACCGCGUCGGAACGCUCGUGGACUUGGCCCAUGUCAGCCACGCGACCAUGCGCGAUGCCCUCGCAGUGACUCACGCCCCUGUCAUCUUUUCGCAUUCGUCGGCCUUUGCUAUCUGUCCUCACGAGCGAAAUGUUCCCGACGACGUGCUGGAUUUCGUCCGCUUGAACGCCGGGGUUGUCAUGGUCUCCUUCUACCCAGAGUACACUCGCUGUGCGGACCCCGCGCGCGCCUCUAUUGCCGAUGUUGCCGACCAUAUCCAGUAUAUCGGUCAUCGUAUCGGUUACCAGCACGUGGGGCUGGGGUCGGAUUUCGAUGGAAUGCCCAACGGCGUUCGCGGCCUGGAGGACGUGAGUCAUUACCCAGAUCUGAUCCGCAUCUUACUGGAUCGCGGCGUGCCGGUAAAAGAUUUGGCCGGAGUGAUCGGGGCAAAUGUGCUGCGCGCGUUGGAGGCUGCUGAGAACGUGGCUGCGAGCAUGGCCGAGGAGGAGCCACUGGAGGAUUCGGUGAAGCCUUUUUUUUCUUCGACGGGUAUGCACUACACUGGGCUGUAA